UAAACCCGAAAAUCAUCAUGUUCUCGUCACACUGUCAACAUAUUCUCGGACGACAUCAUCGUUGUUCAUGACGAGUUCUCCUAACGUUUUCUAUCGCUGUUCAAGUUUCCUGGAUCAAAUCACGCAUAAUACUGGUCGGGCUCUCAUCAACACCUUUAAAAAGAUGAGAUUUUCCAGUGUUGUACUUAUCGCAUUAGCCAUCGGCUAUUCUUUCGCCAAUCCAACUCCUAGGAAAUGUAACCGAAAGCAUAUUCUGGAAGCUAGAGUUGACGAACCAGUUUAUUACGUAUUCGACCCCAAUCAAGAUCAAUACCCGUACGUUGAUCCUUCCGUUUAUCCAGCGAGUCCUUCCGUUGACCUAGCCGGCGCUGAAAUUCAAGCCAGAGUUCCACAAUCACAGACGGCGCCCACAACAACAUCAAUUUUUGGCAUCGGUUCCAUUCCCUCGUUUGGUACACUCCCGUCCUUUACGUCACUUUUCCCAGUAUCAGGUACCAAGUGUACGACUAAUUCCGGUGAUGAGGGAACCUGUCUAUCUCAGAGUGAAUGUGACAACCAAGGCGGAAUCAAAGACGGCGAUUGCGGAACGGUUCUAUUCCGCUCUGCCGGAGUCUGCUGUUCAUUUAUGAUUAAAAAGUGCUCAGAAACUGCAAUCCGCAGCCCUUUGAUGUGGAUGACUCCAUCUAGGGCGUCCAGUAAGCAAUCUUGUACAUUGACAUUCCCAGCUAAUCCAGGUAUCAGGGUCGGCGGAACUACAAUCGGUGGUGGAUUGACUUCAUCGAGCAAUAGCAUCCGCAGCUGUCAACUCAAGAUAGAAUUUGAAAACUUCCGACUUGCUCCACCCAAUCCAAAUACUACCAUUUGUGACGAAGAUUAUUUCGCAGCGGUCGGAAGUACCACUCCAACGCAAAAAUUGUGCGGUGAUUCAUACACCGAUCAACAUCUUUAUUUGUCAUUCAACGACGAGCAAGAUGACAUCACAUUAGGAUUUUUCUUGACGGAUGCCUCCAACAAAGAUUGGAAGUUAAGGAUUACUAGAAUCCCUUGCUCUUCUCAAGAUCUCGCUCCCUCAAACUGUCUGCAAUACUUGACCAAAACGGCGGGAUCACUUGAAUCGUUCAACUUCAAGCAAGAAUACGGAGGUUCCGUCCGACAACUUGCAGACCAGAAUUACAACAUUUGUUUCAAGAGGCCUUCAGGUUACUGUGGCGUCUGCUUCACACCCUGCCAAACGUUCAAAAAUGUCCCAGGCUUCCUAUUAACGAAAUCGGCAGAGAAUGCGACAAGUGCUACUAAUGGUUCUAACUGUCCAGACCAACUUAUUAUUCCGGGCGGAUCAAACGGUGGAAGCGUACGCGAAUCAGUUUAUUGCGGAGCAGCCCUCAACCAAAAUACGACAAGCGACGCCCCCAUUUGCACUUCAUCUGACCGAAUUACUUACAUCACCGAUGCAAAAGAAGGCAAAGACGAAAUCAACAAUGUGGGGUUCUGUUUGACUUACACUCAGAAGAAGUGUUAAAAAUCAAAAACCAUUCGCUUGUUUUCUUCUUUUUAUUAUUUCAUUCCGUUAUUUAAGAUUUGAACGCUUCAACUUUCCACUUUAUUUUUCGUUCAAGUGUUCUUUAAAAACUUCAGUCCCUGUCAUUAGAAAAUGUUAUCCAGUAAGUUGUUGUGGAUUUUGCGCCAGUACUUUUCCCUGUUUAAUUUCUUUUGUUCUAAGGACUUUCCUUUGGGAAAAACUAAAAAGAAAUGUAAUAAUCGAUAGUGUCUGUGGAGAAAGGGAACAAAAUAAAUGAAUGAAAUCAGAGGAACUGUGUGGCGAAUAAGAAAAAGGGUAUACGUGGUUUGGAGAAAUUUCUACUGUGACAUCACAAUUGAAUAUUGCGUUUACCUCACAUAUUUAUGAGUUCGUGCACAUUCACCCACAGAUAAUAAGUGAAAGUUUUGUCGAUUUCAAGAAGGAGAACGGCUAAAACAUCGUUGAUCGAGAUGACACUUUCUCCGUCGUUCAACAACCCCGAUAUUUAGACACGUACGAAAUUCGAAACUGGAAGCCCUUUAAAGUUUUUUAACUAUUUAAAGUCUAGUCAUGCUACAUUAUUCGUUUUACAAUAGGGAGAUGAUCGGGUCAACCAACUUCAGUGUUUGUUUGGUAGUUGGAAGAGAAAGCUUGGUUUGUAAGUUAAUAGUGCUCGGUGAAAACGAUAAAGAUUGCAUGUUAUGUUUUAAGGUGCGGUAUUAUUACCCCAUUCCAAGGAUGAUACGGUACAAUCGAAAGGAAAGCUGCCAAAGGGGAGAAAGGUCUGUCUGAAAAGGUAUAUAUACAUAAAACUUGCAUCUUUUCGCAUCAUCAGUAUUCGUACCUUCAAACCGUCAGCAGCGUGUCUUCUCUUGCAAAAAUGAUUCAUACUCAUCUGUUUUUUGUUUUAAUCAGUGUUGCGGCCGUUUUGUCGCAAAAUCAACCAACAUCAUCACAAUUUACAAAGGAGGAAGAAUCGGACGUUAACUCUAUUCCAGGUGUUGCUGGGAAAGAUUAUCCGAUCUUUCACGAAAUCCCGCAAACAAAUUUUGGAUGUUCGGGCAAACUUCCUGGUUAUUAUGCCGACACUGAUGCCCGCUGCCAGGUAUGGCAUUAUUGCAGUCUCGAAGGCUUGGUGGAUUCCUUCCUUUGUCCAAACGGAACCAUUUACUCUCAAGAGAGAAGAGUAUGCGAAUGGUAUUACGACGUAGAUUGCACGAAAUCCAGCAAAUUCUCGGAUGUUAACAAGGAUUUGUACAUCAUUCCCGAAACCACUAAAGCUCCUUCACGAAGUGCUCUGGAAAAGCAACAACUGGUUAAGGAUCCUGAAACGCCGCAACUGGUCAAAAAUUCUAACCUACGCAAGAGAUAUAUCCAGUUCUAGUGUUUAAAAUAAUAAUUAGGUGUGAGUGUUAACCGCUGGUCUCAUCGGUGAAAUUUCAACUUUGUCAAGUGAUUGUUUAGUUAGCAAUUAUUAAUAGCAUUUUAAUUUUGUAUACAUACGGAAAAAGUAAUUGAUCAUUUACUGAGUCAAUAAAAUAAUUGAAAUGAAACACUA